AAAAAAUUAAUGGAUAUUCAAUAAAAGUGCUUCAUAAAAGGAAAAAAUGCUCCGCGAGCUUGUAAAAAAACAAAUCAUAGAAAACAUCCUUCGACCGCAAAACUAUGACUCGAAGCUCGGACAUCGAAAGUUUAGCGUGUUGGUGCUUGACAAGAGUGCGAUGGUCGUAGUCAACUCGUGUUUAAGCCUGAAUGAAGUGUUUGAGGAAGGCGUCACUCUUGUUGAAGAUCUAACCCGAAAUCGUGAGCCAAUGCCAUCAAUGGACGCAAUUUAUAUAAUAUCACCGGUCGCGGAGUCUAUCGAUAUUCUAAUCAAUGAUUUCUCGCGAAAAACCAAGUUUAAUCCCGGAAAUUCUUAUCGAAGUGCUCACAUUUUCUUCCUGGAUCCUUGCUGCGAUGAAUUAUUCGAAAAACUUUCGAAAAGUCCUGCAGUAAAAUGGAUCAAAACUCUUAAGGAAUUAAAUCUGAAUUUAAAACCAGUUGAGAGUCAGAUUUUCACUGUAAACUCUCAAUUUCGUGGAGAUAUGACGAAAACAGCCGAUGGAAUUGUUAGCUUGUGUGCGACACUAAAUAUCCAUCCUACUUUACGAUUUCAGUCAGAUUUUGCUCAAAGUUCAGAAAUAUGUCAGAGAGUUGAACAAAAAUUGAAGGAAUUUGGCAAUGAGGGGAUGGGAACGGACGCAGAGCUUGUUGUUUUAGAUCGCAGUUUUGAUCUGGUAUCCCCAUUGCUCCACGAGGUGACACUUCAAGCAAUGGUCGUUGAUGUCACAGCUUUUAAAGACGGAGUUUAUAGAUACACGGAAGCCGGCGAUUCAAAAGAAAUUGUCCUAGACGAAAAAGAUCAGAAUUGGCUUGAUCUCCGCCAUAAGCUUCUGCCUGAAGUGAUGAAAAGUGUUAAUAAGAUGGUUAAAGAUUUCAAGAAUACGAAUAAAACUGAACCUGAAAACAUUAAAAAUCAAUCGUCAAAGGAUUUCUCGACGACCGUACGAACUCUACAGCCAUAUUUGAAAAUGAAGGCAAAAAUGGCAGCGUAUAUUAGUUUGACGGAAGAAUGUCGAUCCAAAUAUUUUGAUUCUUUAGAAAAAAUUAUUGCUUUGGAGCAAGAUAUGGCCGUUGAGCAUACGCCGGAACACGUACGUAUCACGGAUUCUCAAGCAGUUGGACGACUUUCCACGUUUAUUUUACCAGCAAUUCCGACUGAAACUCGUCUUCGAUUGAUUCUCAUUUUUAUGUUGACUAUCGGAAAGGAUAAAGAUGAACAAUACUUCAAUCGACUUCUACAUCACACCGAUAUUCCUGAAUCGGAAUUUCAGAUUAUUAAGAGAAUGCUCAUUUGGAGAGAUAAAACUCAGAAAUCUCAAUUCCAACAUCGCCGACCACCACCAGAAGACGAGAGGUUUAUCGCGAGUCGUUGGGAUCCGAAAAUCAAAAAUCUUAUCGAAGAAAUUUACGAAAGACGAUUGGACGAGCGGGAGUUCAAAGUAGCUGGUAAGAAAUCGACGUCUGACUUCCGGCCGGCAGCAAGUGCGAGAUAUGGAAGUGGAUUGGCUGGAAAACCACGCGAAAAACGAAAAAUUAUCAUUUUUGUCGUAGGCGGAAUCACAUAUUCUGAAAUGAGAGUCGCCUACGAGUUGUCGAAAAAGACGAACACAACAGUAAUCCUGGGAUCAGACGAAAUUCUAACGCCGUCGUCUUUCCUGGAGUCGUUACGAGAUCGAAAUACUGUAAAUUGCUGAAAAUACUGUAUUAAUGUCCCCGAAUAUCGCUUUGUUUAAAUAAUAUUCACAAAAAAAUCUCGUUUUUCCAUGUAUAUGAUGCCAUUUUCUAUUUAUCUCAAAUAAACCACAGUUUCUAUG